CCGGGACUUGAAUGGCCACUUUUUGCCAGCGUCAUCGUUUUUGCUGACUUCGGAGUUUCCGUAACACGGCCAGAACUCGAGCAUGUUUUCAGCGGCAAACCUGAACCUCAACCUCAGCGAGUCUGAGGCAUUAUAACGACCACCAUUUGUUCUUACACCCCUUCCUCAGUUGUUCGCCUGCGCUGUCUUGAUCACCUCGACGCCGCAUCCCCGAGUCCCAACUUUCGCAUUGGAUGUUGAUGGGCUGGUAGAAGAUUCGGUUGAGACCCCAUUAUCUAUCUCCCUUCCACAAUGUCGAUACGCACGUCGGCCUCGCACCUCAGUCAUCACCUCCUGCCGUCUCGGCAUCUUCCUAAUCUCCGAUGUACACCUCAUGUCUUAAAUCCGUAUGGCGUUCAGAAGUCAUGUAUGGCGACAGCUGCGCCCAGCGCAAGCGAGAAGACUCCAGAUUACGGACGGAUUGAGAAGAAGGGGCCGACAGCAAUGGUAUUCCUAAACAUGGGCGGGCCAUCCACUACGGACGAAGUAGGCGAUUUCCUCAGCCGACUAUUCGCAGACGGCGACCUGAUCCCGCUGGGUCGGCUGCAAGGGUAUCUGGGCCCGUUGAUAUCGCGCCGAAGGACGCCCAAGAUCCAACAACAAUACGCCGAGAUUGGCGGGGGCUCCCCUAUCCGCAAAUGGUCAGAAUACCAAUGCGCGGAGAUGUGCAAGAUCCUGGACAGGGUAUCACCGGAGACGGCACCACACAAGCCGUACGUGGCAUUUCGGUACGCGGACCCUCUGACCGAACACAUGUACGAACAACUUCUGCGGGACGGCUUUGGCAACGGCAACGGCGGGCGUGCGGUCGCCUUCACGCAGUAUCCGCAAUACAGCUGCUCGACGACGGGAAGCUCGCUGAACGAGCUGUGGAAAUGGCGGAACAGACUCGAAGGCAAACGCGCCACGGGGGAAGCCCAACCGCCCGGCGCCAUCACAUGGAGCGUGAUCGACCGGUGGCCGACACACCCAGGUCUGGUCGAGGCGUUUGCGCAGAACAUUGAAGCCAGACUGGCAGAGUACCCGGAGGAGCGGCGGAAGGACGUCGUCCUCCUGUUUUCCGCCCACAGUUUGCCCAUGAGCGUCGUCAACCGCGGGGACCCAUACCCGGCCGAGGUGGCCGCGACCGUCUAUGCUGUCAUGCAGAGGCUCAAGUUUUCCAACCCUUAUCGUCUGUGCUGGCAGUCUCAGGUCGGCCCGUCCGCCUGGCUCGGCGCCCAGACCAGCGACACCGUACGGUCUUAUGUCGAACGCGGCCACACCGAUCUGGUCCUGGUCCCCAUCGCCUUUACCAGCGACCACAUCGAGACCCUCUACGAGUUGGACAAGGAGGUUUUGCACGAGGACGCAAAGGGCCAUCCCGGCGUCAAGCGCGCAGAGUCUCUUAACGGGAGCCCUGUCUUCAUUCAGGCUCUGGCCGACAUUGCUCUCGCCCACUUGAAUAGCGGUGAGAGCUGUUCGAGACAGAUGGGCUUGAGGUGUCAGGGCUGUAAGAGCGACCGCUGCCUCGAGCAGAAAAGGUUCUUUGCUGGCCAGCAGGCAAAUCUUCUGCCCACUGUACGAUAGUUACCCAUUAGAAGUGAUUCCAACAGCCACAAUGGCGGCCUGAGUGAAGGGACUGUAUUGAUCUGGCCUGCUAUGGGGGCUGUAUUGUCUCUUACUGCUUUGUACAAGUACUGGGCAUGGCGUUACUGGCUGGCGUGUCAUGACAUGAUUGUUCCUCUCCUCUUCCCUGCUUUCAGGCCCUUUUUGCCUUCAAGUUUGGCUUGUACUGUCCUUACAAAUCACCAUUCCUUCGAAUGAAUAGCUCCUCGCCGCAUUGCAAGUCACUUGCUGCUGGUGUUUCCGGAUAGAGGCGCCCGGCCACAAGCAGGCAUGCAGAAUGCGUUGUGAUUGAUUGUAUUUCCAUGCCAGGCCUCAGCCAGGUUGUGUUUCGGCCUAACCUCUCACUUCAUCAGCCAUGUACCUUACGCCGACUAUGCCGCCAAAACUACCAAUCUAGCUAGCCUAGCCUUAGCUUUACUUUGACUGAAUUAUACGAUGGUUAUGUCGGCACCUACUCGUACGUAGGUAGAUGCUGCCACGACGAUGACGAGAAUCAGGCGGAAAGGGGAAUGCAGAAAACAGAAGACAAGUCACAGCACCUGAAAAAGGGUCUUCUUUCUUUUCUCUUUCUCUCGCAAAAAAUUCC